AUGGCUGCACCUGCCAUGAGGAUCGUGUUCGGUCUAUUGACAUUUGUCACUGUCGGAAUGAUCAUAGGUGCCUUGUUACAAUUGGCCUUUAUUAAUAGAUUGGAAGAUUCGUACGGAACUGGAUUUCCAUCCAUAAGAGGGCUUCGAGGACAGAGCGCCCGUUAUCUUCGAGAUGUUUCCCGGUGGGCAAAUGACAAAGAUGCAGAACUGUUACGUCUUGGCUAUGUCAAGCCUGAAGUAGUUAGUUGGUCCCCUCGAAUUAUUGUGCUUCAUAAUUUUUUAAGCUCAGAGGAAUGUGAAUACUUAAAAGCAAUCGCCCGGCCUCGCCUUCAGGUUUCCACUGUUGUUGAUAUAAAAACCGGAAAGGGAGUUAAAAGUGAUGUGCGGACAAGCUCUGGAAUGUUUUUAACUCACGUAGAAAGAAGUUAUCCAAUAAUACAGGCAAUUGAAAAGAGAAUUGCAGUCUUCUCUCAAGUACCAGCGGAGAAUGGAGAACUCAUUCAAGUCCUAAGAUACGAGCCAAACCAGUUUUACAGACCGCAUCACGAUUACUUUGCUGACACUUUCAAUUUGAAGCGUGGUGGUCAGCGCGUAGCAACCAUGCUAAUGUAUUUAACUGAUGACGUCGAAGGAGGAGAAACUUAUUUCCCUUUGGCUGGUGACGGUGAAUGCACUUGUGGUGGCAAAAUAAUGAAAGGCAUCUCUGUGAAACCCACCAAAGGAGACGCAGUUCUCUUCUGGAGCAUGGGACUUGAUGGAGAGUCAGAUCCGAAUAGCAUACAUGGAGGAUGUGAAGUCCUCUCUGGAGAGAAAUGGUCAGCUACUAAAUGGAUGAGACAAAAAGCUACUUCUUAA